AUGUACUGGCCGAGCGGCAGCGCGCGGCGCCUCAGCGCGGCGCCCGCGGGGCUGCCGGACGUGCCGGACGGCGCUCUGCAUAUGGCGCGUGCGCGCGACGGCACGUUGUGGCUCUUGCUCACGCGCACCGCGCUCCUUGUAUGGCGCACGCGCCCCGCAGAGCUCGUGGCUAUCGUCGAGCGCACGCCGCGCGGUCUCGCGCAGCAUGGCGAGAACGUGCGCGCGGUAUGGCGCCACGACGCAGGAGCCAUUGCUGUGCAGACGUCGCGCGAUGCACUCCUCUUCUACGACGUCAUCCAGCCGGCGGAUGCGCCUGUGGCCCAUGCACUGUCCCGCGCCGACGCGCCGGACCUCGCGCCGUCCGCCGCGGCGCUCCUCGCGACGUUCCAGCCAGAGGUCGGCGACGCAGUGCAUACGCCAGGCGGCACGCCGCUCGGGCCGCGGUGCGCGCUGCACCUGCCGCUCCGCCACGCCCUGCACGUGGAUCCCGGCAUGGCUGCCAUAGCAGCUCUGGGCCCCCACGUGUUUGUGGCGACGCGGACGCCGGCAGCCGUGCAGCUGCUGCCGUGGCCGGGCAUGCAGGAAGCCCCGGCUGCGCCCAUGCUCCUGCGCGACCUGCCAUGGCUCGGCGAGGCGCCGAUCGUGCACGCGGAGCACUCGUACGCGACCGACCUCUCAGCCUGGCUCACGAGCGAUGGACGUGCGUACGUCGUGAGCCUUACGGACGCAUGGCGCGGGGCGCUCGCAUACGAAGGCGACGUACGGCCUGUGACCACGGCCGUGAACGCGCGAUUCAGCCUCCUGGCGCUCGGCCUGGACGAUGGGCGUAUCGCGCUCUUCGAGUUCCAGACAUCGACGCAGACGCCGCUGCUCACGCACGAGCUCGCGCUGCCCCCCACGCUCGGCCCGCCAGGCGCGGUGCGCACGCUCAGCUGGACGUCCGAUGGCCAUGCACUCGCGGUCGGCUGGGACCACGGCUGGGCGCUGUGGAGCCCGUUUGGGCGCCUCCUCGCGCACAGCUUCCGCGACGACUGGCAGAGCACCACGCGUGUCUUCCGCGACGGCUUUGCGUUCGGCGUGCAGAGUGUGUUUUGGGGCCUCGGCGGCACGGAGCUGUUCCUGCUGCCGACCGACGCGCGCGAUGCGUGGGUGCAUGUGCUGCCGCUCGUCAAGUCGGCGAGUGCGCUGCAUAUGACGCCGGAUGAGGCGGGCGCUGCGCUCCUACUCGAUAACGACAGCGUGUACGUGUACCGCGGGCUCGAGCAGUCCGAGGCGGGUCUGCUGGCGCCAGAGAGCGACGCGUGGCGGCGCGUGGCGCUGCCGCCCUCGUACGCCGCGGCGCAGUGGCCCCUCCAGUACGCAACGCUCAGUGCGGACGGACGCUUCCUCGCGGUCGCUGGGCGCCGCGGACUCGCGCACUACAGCAGCGCGUCAGGACACUGGAAGAUGUACGAGAACGCCGCGCAGGCGCAGGCGUUCCGUGUGCGUGGCGGCCUCGCGUGGUUCCAGCAUGUGCUGAUCGCCGCGUGCGACUGCCAGGGCGAGGUGCAAGUGCGCCUGUACUCGCGCGACCAGCCGCUCGACAAUGCGCACCUCCUCGACCUGUGCGUGCUGAAUGCGCCGGUCAUUACGCUCCAGCUCCUCGACACGAACCUGCUGCUGUACCUCGCGGACAAUACCCUCGUGCACUAUGUGGUGACGACGACCGCGACGCACAUCCGCCUCCAGCUCUGCGGCAGCAUCUCGUUUGACGGUAUCGUCGGUGAGCCGGCGCGCGUGCGCGCGUUUAGCUGGCGCCUGCCGAUGCAGGUGCCGAAUGCCGACCUCGCGCAGGCGAGUCUGCUCUUCCUGAUUGACGGCAUGCUCGUGCUCUUGCGCCCGGCACGGACGCACGACACGGAUGAACUGUCGUACGACCUGCAGAUUUUGCACGAGCACAUCGAGGCGUACUGGACGAAUGCACACGCGCACGGCCCGUGGCCCAACUCGCUUUGGGGCCUCGACGGCUCGCACAUGUGUGUGUGGCUCGAGCUGCAUGCGCAGCCCCUGCGCCUGGCGCUGCCCGAUGAGGCAUACCCCCUCUGUGUCCUGCUCGACCGCGGACUCGUGCUCGGUGCCGAGUCCGUGUCGACCGUGCGGCGUACGCUCGACACUGUGUCGUUCCGUGUGCGCCUACACACGACUCUCUUCCUUGAUACGGUGCUGCGCGCGCUGCUGACGGAGCGCGGCGUGGACAAGGCCGUGGACGCUGCGGCGCCAUACGCGGCGCUGUCGUACUUUGCGCAUGCGCUCGAGCGCCUGUGCGCGGGCGUGCUGGAGGACGAGGCAGAUGCACGACCGCCGCUCCCGCCAGCGGAGCGCCUGCUGCCGACCGUCGCUGCGUUCCUCGACCACUAUGCGUGCAGCGUCGGGGUGAUCGCGCGCGCCGCCCGAAAGACCGAAGCAGCGCGCUGGGCAUACCUCUUUGCGUGUGUGGGGCCGCCGCAGACCCUCCUGCAGCAUGCGGUGCGCAUGCGCGAGUGGGACACGGCCUGCGCGCUCCUCCUCGUCGUGCACACGCUCGACGAUGAGGCAAGCAGCAUCGCUGCUACGGGCACGGCACUCGCGCGUAUGGAGCAGGACCACGCCUGGUCAUCCAUCCGCCAGGUACUCUCGUUCCUCGCGACGAUGGACGAGCGUCGACGAAUGCGUGCGUGCCUCGCCGCGGCUGCGCACGAGGCGCCCCACUCGCUCUUUGUCCCGUGGCUCGAGGCGGCCUCCGACGCUCGUGCUGUCAGUGUCCCGAUGAAGGCGGACGCCGCGCCGCCAUCUGAGGCGCCACGCAGGGCGGGCCUCGGCGACGGCCCUCGGCGGCCGAGUCGGGCGGCGCGCUUUGAGCCGGGGGACGUAGAGGGGCCCGUCGAGACGCGCGCUUCGACGGCGCAGGUGCUCCACCGUGCCGCACGGCAUGCGUCGCUUACGCUGUCCCCCUCGAUCACGCUGAUGCAGGCAAAUGGCCGCGUCGUCGUAGGCCCCGCCACGCCCGGCGCCGCGCCGUCGCCGCGGGCGCUGUGA